CAUGUGCAUACUCGAUGCCAAUGGAUAUGGUCCAAUGCUGUUUAUGCAAUUUCUACCACUUUACUUGCUUCAUUCUCCACUUUUCUCUUUCUUGAAAGCACAAUAUGGUGAGGCAGAGCUUGGAGGAAGGACUAUUACCAGGUUCUUCAAUUCCUGAACCGAAUGGUGGCAUUGGUGAUCACAGCGAAACAACUGAUUAUCAAAUUGAUUCUUCUACAAGUCUUACAGUUUUGUUCAGCACCUUCAUUGCCAUAUGCGGUUUCCUGGUUUUUGGCUGCUGUGUUGGAUACUCGUCCCCUGUUGAGUCUGAAAUCAUGGAGGACCUUGGCCUCUCAGUCGCAGAAUACUCCGUUUUUGGCUCGGUAAUGACAAUUGGAGGACUGUUAGGUUCAUUAAUAAAUGGGAAAUUAACCGAUCUUGUCGGUAGGAGAAGAGGCUUCUGGUUAGCGGAUUCUUUCUUCAUCGUUGGAUGGUUGGCUAUCGCAUGUGCGAAGGAUGCCCGGCUCCUGUAUCUUGGAAGGACAUCACUGGGAAUUGGAAUUGGUCUCACGUUUUAUGUGGCACCUGUAUAUGUUGCAGAAAUUACACCUAUGACUAUUCGAGGAGCAUCAACAACAGCUAACCAGUUGAUGCUCACUUGCGGUGUAUCACUUAUGUUCUUUCUUGGAACUGUUGUUUCCUGGCGCACCUUGGCUCUAAUCGCUCUUGCUCUAUGCUUGGUGCAAGUCUUUGGUGUAUUCUUCAUUCCUGAAUCCCCCAGAUGGCUGUGCUGCUGCCCGCAGGCAAUGGUUGGCCGAGAGACAGAAUUAGAUGCAACUCUACAAAAACUUAGGGGAAGGAAUGCUGAUAUUUCUCAGGAAGCAGCCUACAUCAAAAAUUACACAGAGGCCUUUCAGCAACAAUCAAAGGAUCGAAUCUUCAACUUGUUCCAACGUAGAUAUGCACAUUCGCUCUUAGUUGGCAUUGGGCUUUUGGCACUGCAGCAAUUAGGAGGGACUAAUGGCAUUUCAUUUUAUGCCAGUUCCAUAUUUGAAUAUGCUAACUUUUCAAGUAAACUUGGGACUAUAUCCAUGGCUAUCAUUCAGGUUCCUGCUGUUGUUGUAUCUGUUGUCCUGACAGAUAAAUCUGGAAGAAGACCACUUCUUAUGGUUUCAAGCACCGGAACAUGCUUGAGUUUCUUGCUUCUUGGCUUGUCAUUCUGUUUACAGGAUCUUGGCUACUGGAAAGAGAUCACUCCAAGUUUGGUUUAUGUUGGCAUAUUGGGAUAUGUUAUAAGUUUCUCCAUAGGCAUAUCGGGGUUACCGGUACUAAUAAUGUCCGAGAUAUUUCCUAUAAAUGUAAAGGGGUCAGCUGGAAGUGUUUCAGUUUUUGCCAAUUCUCUAUGCGGUUGGAUUGUUUCAUAUUUUUUUAAUUUUAUGUUUGAAUGGAGCUCAGCAGGAACAUUUUUCAUAUUCGCCUGCAUCUGCGGUUUCACAAUCCUAUUUGUUGCAAAGCUUGUGCCAGAGACUAAAGGAAGAACACUUGAAGAAAUACAAGAAUCCAUGACCCUCUUUCACCGAUAAUACAUUUUUUAUACCAAGAAGAACAAUACCAUUAAUUUUAAGGAUUAGAUAUGAUGGCCGUCAUCAGGUUCUCUUUCGGGUUCAUUUUUACUUGGAAUCGAGGCAAACCAGAAGCAUAAGUGUUAAGAAGUUUAUGGGAAUAUAUACCUGAGUUGGGCAUGUAAUAAGUUGUCUUCUUAUAUUUAUCUAAUAACUCUUCCAACUCCACCCACUCAUAUACUGAAGUACUUUUUGCAAGUCAUCAUAUAAUUGCCCAGUCACUUCAUUAUUUCCAGGCCA